AUGACCUCGCUCCAGGACGCUGAACAGAUCUUUGGCGAUUUCAACUUUACAGGUGGAUUCCCCACUAGCAAGGACUUGGGUCCCAGUAUCCUCUUCGCUAUUCUCUACGGCCUCUCCGCCCCAGUGUUGAUUUGGCGAAUCUUUCGAAAACAAGAUCGAACCAUCAUCUUUGUCCGACUUGGACUCUUCUGGCUAUGUCGUAUGGCAGCUUUGAUCAUGCGAGCUAUCAUGGCCAAGAACACAUACGGUGCACAAGAGACUGCCGCCGAAGUGUGCUUUGUGGCUCUUGGUUUCCUAUUCCUCCUCGACCCAUUUUCCGAUCUUUGGAAACGACACGUCGAUUCCGUCGUACCAAUCUCAGAACGACCCUGGGUCCUCAAGCUUGCUUUACUCGCCGCCGUCGCUACUGCCAUCGCUUCAGCCUGUAUGAUCAGCGGAGCAGUCUAUGACCCGGCCAAAGUCAACAGCUUGAAAGCGCUCCGAUUAUCAUCUUAUGCUCUUGCCUUGGGCGUCGCUGGACUCGUCUUCGUCAUGCUCGUCGUCACCCACUUCCUUUAUAAACUUGAUACCCGCCGAUCCGCCUACCUGUUCUUCAUUGGAGCAUGUCUCGUUAUCGUUGCGUCUUACCGGGUCGCUCAAGAGUCAUCCAACAACCGAAACAGCCCAGCGAGAUCUGAUGUGGCAUUCUGGGUGCUCCAGAUCACAUUCGAAUUGUGA